AUGUCAACUCAGCCCCUCCUCCAGCGCACUGCCUCGAAACGCAUCGCGCUUCCCGUACGCGUCGAGCCUAAGGUCUCCUUCGCCAACGAGCGCACAUUCCUAUCAUGGCUCCACUUCACAGUCGUCCUCGGUGGUCUUGCCGUUGGACUGCUUAAUUUCGGUGACAAAGUUGGCAAGAUCAGUGCAGCAAUGUUCUCGGUGGUCGCGAUGUCAAUCAUGAUCUAUGCCCUCUAUACAUAUCAUUGGCGAGCUGCCUCCAUUCGCAAAGGCGGCCGCGGGCCUUAUGAUGACCGCCUCGGGCCUACACUCCUCUGUGUUGCUCUCCUCAUUGCCAUCAUUGUCAACUUCAUCCUCAGGUUCACAGAGGGCUAG